AGCUGAAGGCGACGGGCACAGCACACUUCUUCCACUUCCUCCUCAACUCCAGUGACAAAGACCACGACCGCAUGUACGUGGGCAGCAAGGACUACGUCCUCUCGCUGGACCUCCAUGACAUCAACCGCGAGCCCCUCAUCAUCCACUGGCCCGCGUCCCAGCAGAGGAUCGAGGAGUGCAUCCUGUCGGGCAAGAACAGCAACGGGGAGUGUGGCAACUUCAUCCGCCUGAUCCAGCCCUGGAACCGGACCCACCUCUACGUGUGUGGCACCGGUGCCUACAACCCCAUCUGCACCUUCGUCAACCGUGGACGCAAAGCCCAGGAUUAUAUUUUCUACCUAGAGCCAGACAAGCUGGAGUCGGGCAAGGGCAAGUGUUCCUAUGACCCCAAAGUGGACACCGUCUCUGCGCUGAUAAAUGAAGAGCUCUAUGCUGGUGUCUACAUCGACUUCAUGGGCACAGACGCAGCCAUCUUCCGCACCAUGGGCAAGCAGACGGCCAUGAGGACAGACCAGUACAAUUCACGCUGGCUCAAUGACCCAGCCUUUGUCCGCGCCCAGCUCAUCCCUGACAGCAGCGAGAGGAACGACGACAAGCUCUACUUCUUCUUCCGAGAGAAGUCGGCCGAUGCUCCGCUGAGCCCUGGGGUCUAUUCCCGCAUCGGACGCAUCUGCCUGAACGACGACGGAGGCCACUGCUGCCUCGUGAACAAGUGGAGCACCUUCCUGAAAGCCCGGCUUGUCUGCUCCGUGCCGGGGCCCGACGGGAUUGAAACGCACUUUGAUGAGCUCCAGGACGUCUUCAUCCAGCAGACGCAGGACACCAAGAACCCUGUUAUCUACGCCGUGUUCUCCGCUUCAGGGUCGGUCUUCAAGGGCUCUGCCGUGUGUGUCUACUCCAUGGCUGACAUCCGCAUGGUCUUCAACGGGCCCUUCGCGCACAAGGAGGGACCCAACUACCAGUGGAUGCCCUACACGGGCAAAAUGCCCUACCCCCGGCCAGGCACUUGCCCCGGGGGGACCUUCACCCCGUCCAUGAAGUCAACCAAGGACUACCCCGACGAAGUGAUCAACUUCAUGCGCACGCACCCGCUGAUGUACCACGCCGUCUACCCCACUCACCGCCAGCCGCUGGUGGUCCGCACCAACGUCAACUACCGCUUCACCACCGUGGCCGUCGACCAGGUGGACGCGGCAGACGGGCGCUAUGAGGUGCUUUUCCUGGGCACAGAUCGGGGCACAGUGCAGAAGGUCAUCGUGCUCCCCCGAGACGACAUGGAAACGGAGGAGCUCAUGCUGGAGGAGAUUGAGGUGUUCAAGGUGCCAGCACCCAUCAAGACGAUGACCAUCUCCUCCAAGAGGCAACAGCUGUACGUGUCCUCGGCUGUAGGCGUGACCCACCUGGCCCUGCACCGCUGCGAUGUGUACGGGGAAGCCUACUCCGCCUCCUCCAAGAGGCGGAGCCGGCGGCAAGACAUCCGGCACGGCAACCCCAUCCGCCAAACG